CAACAAACUGCUGAGCAACGCAUAGCAAGUCAAGAAUACUUGAUACUACUUCGUACCUACAGCACUUCCUUUCCCUUUCCACGUUGCUGUCAUCACCUGAGUCUUCCUGUUUUCAUUGUCCCAAGACCCCACCAUCAAGUACCCAUCGGAUCGUGUUCCCGCAUCAUUGAACAUUCAACAUGUCGGCCCCCACCAUCAAUAGCAUCCAGAUAGGAAGACUUCACAACAAGAAUGCGAUCGUCACCGGAGCAGCUGGAGGCAUCGGUCUUGAAACAUCUAUCCUCUUCGCCAAAGAAGGUGCCAAUGUCCUCAUGGCCGACAUAUCAGGUCCCGCUCUUGAGAAAGCGUUGGCCAAGCUCAAGCAAGUCGUUCCCUCGCAUCACAAAGUUGAGACUCAGGUCAGCGACGUGUCUAAAGAGGCCGAUGUAAAGGCUCUUGUCGACCACCUCGACGCCUGGGGCGGUGUAGACAUUAUGUUCAACAAUGCAGGCAUAAUGCACGCUGAUGAUGCUGACGCAGUCGACACCCCCGAGAAGAUCUGGGAUCUAACCCAAGCCAUCAACGUCAAGGGCGUCUGGUUCGGUUCCAAACACGCCGUCCUGUCUCUGCGCAAGCACAAGAAGACCAAAGGUUCCAUCAUCAACACUGCGUCCGUUGUUGCCCUCGUCGGCUCCGCUACCCCUCAACUGGCAUACACGGCCAGCAAGGGUGCGGUGUUGGCUAUGACCAGAGAAUUGGCAAUUGUGCAUGCCCGAGAGGGAUUCCGCUUCAAUGCUCUAUGCCCUGCUCCGCUCAACACUCCACUGUUGCAAGAUUGGCUAGGUGACGACCAGCCCAAGAGGCACAGACGUGAGGUUCACUUCCCGAGUGGUAGAUUCGGCGAGGCUAUUGAGCAGGCACGCGCCGUGUUGUUCUUGGCUAGCGACGAUGCUAGCUACAUCAACGGACAGGACUUCGUCGUCGAUGGCGGAAUGACAAAAGCCUAUGUUACCCCUGAAGGCCCACCUCUUGCGGCCCCAACGAACAACGCUCUUUUAUCCGAGCGGAUUGAUACCAUUCCUAGCACUGGUCACUAAGCUCUGCGCUCAACGGGCAAGGCCCCAAACGCUUCUAGAGUGAUUGAUCAAUCCAUAGGAAGUUUGUCUUAGCUAGACAGGUAGGCGUGCUCGCUUGCUUGCUUGCAUUUCAAUCUUGCCAUCCACAAUGUCUCUUCUAUAGGUAUCCUGGAAGCAUCGUAGAUAGUGUAGAUAGAUUUGCUGAGGAGAUAAUGGACAACAUUCCUAGAAUCCGAGUUUCCAUAUAUCAUGCAUGUUCUUUG